CCUGUCUCUGAGUGGGUUGUACUUAUGACUGUAAUUUAAUAAUUAUGCGAUGUAGGGGUAAAUUUUAUAGUCAAGAACUAUUUUUGAUUUAUCUGGAUUGAAAAGAAAUUCAAGAUGUCACUAAACGUUAAUAAAAGUGCAUUUAUGACGGGUAUACAUUAUCUCAAUCAUCAGCAGUAUUGUGGGGAAAGAUCGGGGGGAUUGCGUAUGAUUGAUAAUCGAUUGCAGUUUAGUAAACAUUUAUAUAGUAAAAAUCUGUAUGCCCAUUAUGGUUGCGUAAAUGCAAUAGAAUUUUCUAAUGAUGGCGAAUGGUUAGUAUCCGGUGGAGAUGACAAGCGCGUAUUAAUUUGGAAUGUUGACAAAAUAUUGUCGGGUAAAAGCAAUCCAAAAGUAAUGAAAGGUGAGCAUAACAGCAACAUAUUCUGUUUGGGAUUUAAUACGCUUCACACAAAAUUAUUUUCUGCGGGAAAUGACGAGCAAGUUAUUCUACAUGAUGUAAACACAGCCGAAAUUUUAGAUGUGUUCCUUCAUGAUGAAGCAGUUUAUGGUUUGUCGGUUCAUCCUGCUAAUGAAAAUAUCUUCGCUAGUGCUUGUGAUGAUGGUCGAAUUUUAAUUUGGGACAUUCGUCAAACAGCAAAUGAUGCUUUGAUGCUAGCAGGUUGUUCCACUGCAUAUCAUGCUGUAAUGUAUAAUCCUGUUGAACCUCGUUUCGUAGCUACUGCUAAUGCUAAAGAUGGAGUUUGCUUAUGGGACAUUCGAAAACCUAGGGUAUGCUUGAUGAAAUAUAUUUCUAACCAACCCAGUGAUAGUGCAAUGAGUGUUAGAUUCAAUAAUUCUGGUACACAUUUGCUCGCUCUAAGACGACGACUUCCACCAGUUCUGUAUGACAUUACUGCUGACUAUUUUGUUGCUGAAUUCGAUCAUGAAGAAUACUAUAACUCUUGCACAAUGAAGAGUUGUUGCUUUGCAGGCGAUAAGGACCAGUAUGUUCUCUCUGGGUCUGAUGAUUUUAGAUUAUAUGUGUGGAAAAUCCCAGACUCUCUAAACUCUAAAAGCAGCACUCGUGUGGGAGAGGUUCAUCGUAUUUUGACAGGGCAUCGAUCAAUCGUCAAUCAAGUGAGAUACAAUAAUACUUAUGGUGUGCUGGCUUCAUCUGGUGUAGAAAAAAUUGUAAAAUUAUGGAGUUCCUUUUCGAUGAAACAUUCUGAUGAUGUAGAUGAUUACUUGUCAGAUCAAGAACUUUUAAGGAAAGUGUAUUCUCAUGAAGAAUACAUUAAUCUAGUGCUAGAAAGCGGACAGUUUAUGACUCAUGAUUACAGUCAUCAUUCUGUUCAGGAAGACCAAAGAAUGAUGGCAUUUUUCGACUCUUUGGUACAGAGAGAUAUAGAAGGUUGGACUUCUGACUCAAAUGAUACAGAUCUAUUGAAUGCGUGUAUUGAUAUAAGGUCGCCUAGCUCAUCAUCUAGUUCCUCAUCUUCUGAUGAUGAUAGUGAACAGCAGCGUAAAAAAGUGAAACAAAAUGAAAAUAACAUUACACCUGCUCCUCAGAGUGAUGUUCUAAAUCCAACAACUAUUACUCUUACUUUUAUUACGCAAAAAGCAAUGGCCAAGGGACAUACCAAAAAAUCCCAAAAGAUCAUGGAUGAUAAGGUAGUCCCCGGCGUCAAUAGAAUAUCUUGGUUGAUAGCUCACAAGAGACGUGAACAAAAGUUGAGAACUUCACGUGGGAAAUGCAAUGGGAAAAAUUCCAAAGUAGCCAAGCAUCACCAACGUGACUCUGUAAAAAUUGACAAAAAAAAUCAAGACAAUACUGCAAGUGGUAGUAAUUUUAAAAGUUGUGAUUCAAAUUGUGGGAACUCAAGUAAAGAUUUAAGCACAAUAUUUAAAGCAAAAGACAAAAGAAAAUUGUAUUUGAAGAGACGUGCCAAAAUCAGCAAAGAUUCCAUGUUGGAUGAAGAUAGUUCUGAUUCUGAUGAAAAUAGCAAAGAAUUAACUGAUACCAGUCAUCUUGACAAAACAGAGCAUAAAACUGAGGAAAGUGAAGAACUUCCAGCUCAGAAAGAGAAUGGAGUUGUGGAUGUUAGCAGCACAGUUUGCAAAGAGACUUCUAAUUUUAAUAGUAAUGAAUCUCUGCCUAAUUCAUCUGGCAGUGACUUAAAUGGAACCGAUUCUAGUGUUGCUGCCAAUUCUAGUUCAUUAAUUUAUUUUUCUUCAAAAAAUAUGAAACAUAGUAAAAGAAAUUACAGGAAGAAAAGUGCUGAUGAAUUGGAAGAAGAUUGAACAGCUACAGUAUAGAUGCAUACCUCAUUUUAAAAAAAUGAAAGAAAGAAAACUAAUAUUUACUUAAUUGCAUUUUUAAAUAUUUAUUUUUCAAAUUUAGUGCUGUUGGACCUUGAAAUAAAAUUAUGAACAUCAAACUCAAUUUUUAUCUAUUGUUAUGUAAUUUGAUUUUUUAUGUGUUAUAUUAAUUUUAAAAAAAUCAAAAUUCAGUAAUUCCUAUGCAUUUGAGAGUAGUACUUUUCUGAAUUAUUUGAAGUUAUACUGGUUUGUUUUAGAUUAUUUUAUUUAAUGCUAAAUGAGUUCAAUGAUAUAAUGAGGAGAAACUUCUAUUGAAAUACAUGCAACUGCUAUUAAAUUGAAUAGAUCCAAUUCUGUUGGAGACAAAAAAUGCAUAAGGAAGAUGUUUCCCUAAAAAUUUUUGAGUUCUAAAAAUGUUGCAAAUUUUUGAAAAAAAUCUAGUUUACUUUAUCAAUCUAAAACAUUGAGGUUUUACUAAACAUAUUCAUGAGGUCUGGGCUUUACAGAAUGUAUUAUGUCACCUAUGUAGUUGGAGAAAUAUUUUGAUUUGUUGCUUUUUGUGUACCAUAUUGUAGUUUUUUUCAAAUAAUAUUUCUUUUUCAAUUGCAUUAACCAUUAAGAACAUAUAAUUUAUGUCAAUAUCUUUGAAAAAAGAUAAGGAGUAUGAUCAUUUUUAUCUUUUUGAUUACAUUUUGUUUUCUGAAAAUUUCUUUCCUCACUUUUAUGAUUUUCAGUAAUUUGCAAGCUUAUUUGCUAAUCAAUAUUAGUGCCAUCAUUAAUGCAGGGACUCCCCCCCCCCCUUUACACCCUCGGCACUCCUAAUUUAUUGAUGCAAUUAAUUCAUUGCGGUAUAUAUAUUUUGUAAAUUCAAAAUAUUUAAACAUUUUCUCAAUGUUUCAAUACAUAAUAAUGCAAUGAAAAAUCUUAUUGCUUUUACAUUCUGAUUGUACUUUUAUCAGAGUAUAACAUAUAAAAGAAAAAAAUCCAACAGACAGUAAAGUCCAACAAAUUAUGCAUAAAAUUAGUCGUUAUUCUAAAUACAAAUCUUCUUAAUGUAUUUAUAUUGUAUAAUCUGCUCAUUUUGAAUGUUCUAUAAAAGAUUAAUGAUUUAUGUUUAUUUUGAUACCUUUGUUAUGAAAUUUUAUUUAUAAAUUUUAUUGCAUUUAUAAUUGUAACUAUGUUACCUUUAUUAUUAAAUAAA